AUGGCUGGUCUAAUUGCUGUGCAUUGUGGUGCUGGAUCUCACAGUAGCAAUCUGCACAAUGAAUAUAAAAGACUCUGUAACAAAGCCUGUCGUAAAGGAGUUCAAGUAAUGAAAGAAGGAGGGACAGCUAUGGAAGCAAUCCAAGCUGCAGUCAUAAUUUUAGAGAAUGAUCCCUUGACGAAUUGUGGAUUUGGUUCAAACCUUACUUUGGAAGGCAUGGUAGAAAAUGAUGCAUCAGUUAUGGAUGGCAAGACACUAGCUUUUGGGGGCUGUGGGGCAGUCAAAAAAAUCAAGAACCCUAUAGCUUUGGCCUAUGAUAUAUGUGUUAAACAGUCUGUAGGACUGCCUUUGGGUCUCAUACCUCCUUCUCUACUUGUAGGGAGUGGAGCACUCAAACAUGCAAAAAAUUCUGGGCUAAAGGUUGUUCCGAACAGUAGUCUUGUUUGUAAAAGAGCUCUGAGGCAGUUCAAAAAGUAUAAAGCUUUGUUAGAUGUCCAUCAGGAAAAUUGUGAGAGGUUGGAUACUGUUGGUGCUGUAUGUAUUGAUGGAAAAGGAGAUGUUGCUGCAGCUUGCAGUUCAGGUGGUUUGAUCCUGAAAAAACCAGGUCGAGUGGGUCAAGCAGCACUUUAUGCUAGUGGUACAUGGGCUGAUAGUCUGGAUAAAUCAACUGAACCAUCUGUAGCAGUUUGCACUACAGGGUGCGGAGAAUACCUAAUUCAGACCCACCUUGCCAAAGAACUGGCAGAAGACCUCAAAUUCAACCCCAAUGCCAUGGCUUUUCACAAGGCCAUGGGUGUGAAAUUUCUGAAAUCAAAGUUUCUCAGGAAUGUCAAUAGAAAAUUGGGGGGUGCUUUGGUGGUCCACAGGGACAACAAGAGUGGGGAGGUUUCUGUGCUGUGGGGACACACUACUGAUAGUAUGGGGGUCGGCUAUAUGCAGACUAAGGAUUCUAAACCGAAGAGUUUCAUUUGUGAGUUGCCAGGAUAUGCUGUACCUGAAGACUCACAAUGUUCAAAUUUGAGAGGUGAAAUUGAAUGUGGAGAGGCGAAUCAAAAUAAUAUACUUUCGUAUUUUCAUAAUAAUGAAGAUGUUCUCGUUUACACUGUAGCAACUGAAGAAACAAAUGGAUUUCAACGUUACAUGAGCUCAGCUAAAGAGUUCAACAUCCAACCUAAAGUUUUGGGCAUUGGUACUCAAUGGCAAGGCGGAAAUAUCAAAACUUCCCCUGCAGGGGGUUGGAAAAUAAACCUCUUAAAAAAGGAGAUAAAGCUCCAUGAAGAGGAAAAGGACAAACUGGUACUUUUCACUGAUGGUUAUGAUGUGAUAUUUUUGGACAAGCUCAAUGAGAUAGUGAAAAAAUUUGAGAAAACUGGAGCCAAAGUCUUGUUUAGUGCAGAGCCCUUUUGCUGGCCUGAUCCAGAAUUGGCUUCUAAGUAUCCAGAAGUGGCGGAAGGAAAGAGGUUUUUGAACUCUGGAAUGUAUAUCGGAUAUGUUCCAGAAAUUUUGAAAUUGCUUGAGAGGGAAGAGAUUGCGGAUACUGAUGAUGAUCAGUUGUUCUUCACCAAAGCUUACUUAGAUGAGACAUUUAGAGAUAGUAUUAAGAUGCAGUUGGAUCAUAAGAGUGAUAUUUUUCAAAAUUUGCAUGGUGUUGCAGAUGAAAUCGAAGUAGCUUCUGUAGAUUCCAAAGAGUCAGGACCAGAAAGAUACCUAAUCAAAAACAUGCUGACCAAAACUGAACCUAGUAUAUUACAUGGCAAUGGUAGAUCCAAAAUAUCAUUGAACUAUCUAGGAAACUAUGUACCAAACACUUGGAAUUCCAUAGAUGGUUGCAAGGCCUGCAAAGAAGGGCAUAUUGACCUCAGUAUGAAAACACCAACUGAAAUGCCUGUUGUUGUUGUUUCGGUUUUCAUUGAACAAAACACACCAUUUUUAGAAGAGGCUCUAGAAAAAUUGCAUGACCUGGAUUAUCCCAAGGAGAAGAUACACUUCUUCAUUCAUAGUGCUGUGAAGUAUCAUGCAAGUCUCGUCACAAGGUUCGCAGAAAAAUAUGACAGAGAAUAUCCGUCCUUCAAACUAAUUACACCAGAUGAUGGUACAUCGGAAUGGAAGGCGAGAGAUUUGUCAUUGGACCAUUGUCUUGCCAAAAAAUGUGAUUUCUACUUCUCAGUUGAUUCCGUUGCACAUAUUGACAAUCCUCACACUCUAAGACUGCUCAUUGAACAAAACCGUACAGUGGUAGCCCCCAUGUUAGUGAGACCUGGCAAAGCUUGGAGCAAUUUUUGGGGAUCCCUCACCAAGGAUGGAUUCUAUGCUAGAUCAAACGAUUAUAUGGAUAUUGUUCAUAACGAGAAGAGGGGACUGUGGAACGUGCCAUUCAUCAACAACGCCUAUCUCGUAAACGCCACCCUCUUGAGGAAAUACGAUCGCACCCAACUUGGUUUCGACAAACCCAACGUCGAUGCGGACAUGACUUUCUGUACGAGACUGCGAGACCUGGACGUCUUCAUGUUCGUCUCCAACAGGAUCGAUUUCGGCCAUCUGAUCAACGCUGACAAUUUCGACACUACCAGGACGGAGCCGGAGAUGUAUCAGAUUUUCGAUAACGAGAUGGAUUGGGAGAAUCGUUACAUCCAUGUGGAUUAUCCAGAGAAUUUCAAUCCAGAUAAGAAAGACCUACAGCCCUGCCCCGACGUUUACUGGUUUCCCAUCGUGUCCCCGGCGUUCUGCCGCGCCCUCAUCAACAUGAUGGAGACCUUCGGGCAGUGGUCCUCGGGCAGGAACCAGGACGACCGGCUGGAGGGCGGCUACGAGGCAGUGCCCACCCGCGACAUCCACGCCAACCAGGUGGGGUGGGAGAAGCACUGGCUGCGCUUCCUGCAGAAGUACGCCAGGCCGCUGCAGGAGAAGGUGUUCACCGGGUACUACCACGAUCCGCCGAGGAGUUUGAUGAAUUUCGUCGUGAGAUACAGACCAGACGAGCAACCGUCCCUCCGACCGCACCACGACAGCUCCACCUACACUGUCAACGUUGCCCUCAACGAGCACGGCAAAGACUACGAAGGUGGCGGCUGUCGCUUCAUCCGGUACAACUGCAGCGUGGUCGACACCCGGCUCGGCUGGCUUUUGAUCCAUCCCGGCCGUUUGACGCACUACCACGAGGGGCUGAAGGUUACCAACGGAACGCGGUACAUCAUGAUCUCGUUCGUCGAUCCGUAG